CGGGUACUUACCCGAAUUGCAAGAACCACUUGCUCCUCAAAGAUUGAAUACUGUCUGUACUGCUAUAAAAGCAGGAUAUGGCGUCUAUAAACCGAUCAAACACCGUCUCUAUACCGACGAAGUCAUCUCCGUCUCAUUCGGACUCUUUCAUACGACUCAGGCAGCCGAGCCUUGACCUGGAACGCGACAUUCUUUCUACACGUGGUCAGCGCCUAGCGGGCUUGAUACGGCGGCGCUCAUUGUCACUCUACGACUCGGAUGGCUUCGAAGAGAGUGACCUAUGGGAUGAAUCCAACACUCCGCGAGACCGUAUAGAUCGGCCUGCCUUUGAACGCGCAAAGCGGUUAAUCGGAGACAGAAGCCCACUUUAUCGUUGGCAAUCGUUCUACCGGCACCCAGCUACUUUGCAAGGCUUGCCGAAGCCGCUACGACAAUACUACGAACGCAACAAUGACCUCAUUUCACAAUAUGCUUACAUUGACCGACUGCUUGGCUCGUCCUUGCCUCAUCGCUUAAUCGUUGAUUAUCACAAACCGCGUGGCUUGCGGGAAGCAACAUCUGCAUAUCCAAAUAAUGGCGACACGCACGAGAUUGGAUCGUCUACUACGGCUGAUAAUGGCAUUGACUCUAGCAAUGAUACAGCCAAAGUCAAACGGACCCCACGCAAUCUCUACCGCAUUCCUGACGAAGGGACCCCUCUUCUGUCACCACCGUUGGAGGAAGAUGUGUCAUCACCGCCCAAUCUUACGCUCAAGCACGACGACUUUGUGGAAAGUGGGGACCGGAUAGUCAUCAUCGCCAUCUACGUCAACUUUAUCGCCAACAUGAUACUGCUGGCAGCUAAAAUUGUUGUCAUGUCAAUGACAAGCUCUCUCUCAGUGCUUGCCAGCUUGGUUGAUGCAGCGCUGGACUUCCUUAGUACUGCCAUUGUAUGGGUAACGACGACUUUGAUAAGCCGGCAGGACCGUUAUCGGUAUCCCAUCAGUCGACGACGGUUGGAGCCGCUGAGCGUUCUUGUCUUUGCAGUCGUGAUGGUGACAUCGUUCGUUCAGGUGGCGCUAACAUCUUUCAGCCGGUUGCUAUCGACGGACCACUCGGUAAUAGAGCUUACAGUGCCAUCGAUCGCAGUCAUGGCUAGUACUGUGGUUAUCAAGCUUAUCUGCUGGUUUUGGUGCAGGCUGAUCAAAAACUCCAGCGUUCAAGCCCUGGCGCAAGACGCUAUGACUGAUGUAGUAUUCAACCUAGCAAGUAUUCUAUUCCCUCUGAUUGGCUCAUUCACGAAUACCUGGUUCAUUGAUCCCCUCGGCGGUGUGCUUCUGUCUUUGUAUGUCAUUUGGAACUGGAGCGGAACAGCCAGUGAACAUAUUGGUCAUCUCACGGGGGCCGCUGCCUCCCCGAAGGAUCACAGCAUUCUUCUAUACAUGACCAUGCGCUUUUCCAAGGCCAUUCUGAAGAUUCAGGACUUGAAGGCGUACUACGCUGGUGACAAGCUUAACGUGGAGAUAGACAUCGUGCUCGAGCCGAAAACAAGGUUGCAAGAUAGCCACGACGUGGGAGAAAGCUUGCAGUAUAUGAUUGAAAGUGUGCCGACCGUGGAUCGAGCUUUCGUUCAUCUGGAUUAUGACCCAUGGAACAUCCCCAGCCAUAUGAACCAGCAGGAAGCAUAAAUACCUUUUUCGGGCAGCAUGUAAACAAUAGUUCUAUUCUCUUGAGAAAUAUGGGUCGGAGUGAGUGUAUGUAUGUGGUUAUGGGAGAUGCAAAGUGGGAUUGUGUAACAUGCUGUUUGCUGCAGAUGACAGGUCAGAUUCCGCCCAUCAGAUAAGGAUAUCUGGAGAGCUGGCGUCCGUGCACUACCCCAGCGAGUCAUCCAAAGAC